AUGAGAUUUCUUCGAGUUCAGCGACCUCUCCUCUUCAUUUUAUGGGCGACUACCCCCCGUUUAUGUUGCGGCCUCAGCACUACCUUGCACAAAGUUCGACAUCAAGUAGACACUCCAUACCCUGGGUUGUCAAAGCGUGGGGAAGUUAUCCCGGGCAGUAUCGGUGACGAUGAUGCAAAUAAAGAGUAUUAUGAAUCUGGGAGGAGCUCAGUUAACAUCUCUCAAGGGGGGAUAAUCGCAAUAGCUGUGAUUGUAGGUAUUGUUGUUGUUCUGGGAAUAACAUCCGUCAUCCUUUUCUAUCUUGCUAAAAGACGACAAUGGGAAGUCCGCGCCUCAAUACGUCGCUCAGCAAGGCGUCUUACUGCUCCUCUUACGCCUCGACGAUUUUCAUCAGCCCCAUCUGCAAUUUCAAGGAAAACGAGAAAUCGAGAAAUUUCCAUGCGCGCCCCUGUUGAAGUUAAAUCGUCGAAACAACAGAAUGCAAAAGAUUCCUCGAAGCCCAGCAAAUCAAGUGCACCCAAAGACAAGCAUGCGUCCCUGAGAGGAUCGACACAGCCGUUAGGGGCUGAUGUGGAGAAGGGAGUCGAACCCCAAUACCCCAUCGGCAAAAGCGAGUUCGAACCUGCAUCUCCACGGGGUUGGAGAAAAUUUAUUUCUAGGCAUACCUAA